AUGCUCAUCGCCCCGUACCCGGGCCUCAUGCUGGCAGGUGGGGAGCUGUAUGAGGCUGGCCGGCCCUGGGGCAAGUUUGCGGCCGAGAUCCGCGACCCCACGCGCGGCUCGCGCCUCUGGCUGGGCACCUUCGACACGGCGGAGGAGGCGGCGCUGGCGUACGACGCGGCGGCGCGCCGCAUCCGCGGCGGCGCCGCCGUCUGCAACUUUGACGACUUGGAGACGGCCGAGCUGGUGCGGCUGUACGGCGCGCCGGCGCUGCCGGAGGACGCCGACCCGGGCGCCUCGCUGGCCUCUGCGGCCUCUGCGGCCACGCGCUUCGCGCCGGGCACCUCCGCCCCCGCUGCGCUCUACGGCCCGGGCGUCGCCCGCGACGCCCGGGGCCUGCUUGCCGUGCUGGGCGGCGUAGCGCGCGGCGAGGCGGGGGGCCCUCCCAACCCGCGCCGGCCGCACGCGCCGGGCGAGUCCAGCGACAGCCUGGAACACAGCCCGGACGAGGGCGGCGAGGAGGAGGAGAUGGUGCUGGGCGCCAUGGACAUGGACGACGAGGAGGAAAUCGCGGCCAUCCUGCUGCGCCUCCAGGACACCCAGCUCCAGUCGGCGCCGUCGGCGGACGUGUCGGCCGCCGGCGCGGCGGACAAGGACAGCGCCGUGGCCGGCAGGCGAUACGGCACCCGUACCGCCGCGGGCCUCAAGGUCGGCCGCCGGUACACCGACCUGCUGGGGGAGUGA